ACCAAAACAAGGAAGUAGUAAGGAAACGUGUGAAGUUAGCGCUGGAUACGUUAUACACGGACUGGUUUAUGAACUAAAAAUACACUAAUUAUGUGAAAUAAUAUUUUGAGGAGUGGUAUCAUUUCGUUUUUUUUUGUAAUAUUAAUAGGAGCUAAUAAUGGUUGCUAGCUAGGUAGUAUUUGGAACUGCUUUAGCAUUAGUUAACGGUGGAGCGGUUUCUCUGGAUAUUUUCGGAGUCAUGUCAGUGUAGAUAAAGGAGAGGGAGGAUGAAGGUGUUCAGGUUUCCAGCUCGACACGGUUAUGCGGUGGAAAUGUCCCCGUUUCUCCACAACACACUGGCCUGCGCUACAGCUCAGUAUUACGGGAUAGCAGGAUGUGGAACGCUGCUGGUGCUGGAGCAGAGGGAAGCGGACAUUGUGCUCAUGAGAAGCUUUGACUGGAACGAUGGGCUCUUUGACGUUACGUGGAGCGAGAACAACGAGCACGUGCUGGUGACCGGAGCUGGUGAUGGCUCACUGCAGAUUUGGGACACAGCCAACCCGCAAGGGCCUAUCCGAGUGCUGAAGGAGCACACCCAAGAGGUGUACGCAGUGGAUUGGAGCCAGACGCGGACCGAGAACCUGGUGGUUUCAGGAUCAUGGGAUCACACAGCCAAAGUGUGGGAUCCAGAGCACCCUCAGUCCGUGUGCACACUUAAGGGUCACGAGGGAGUCGUGUACAGCACCAUCUGGUCUCCACACAUCCCAGCCUGCUUCGCCUCAACCUCAGGAGAUGGCACGCUGAGAGUUUGGGACGUGAAAGCCGGCUCGUGUCGACUGGCGAUUCCGGCACACAAAGCCGAGGUCCUUAGCUGUGAUUGGUGCAAAUAUGACCAGAAUGUGUUGGCGACGGGAGCCGUCGACUGCAGCGUGUGUGUGUGGGAUCUGCGAAACGUCCGCCAGCCUGUAGCGCAAAUGCUGGGCCAUUCCUAUGCCAUCCGGAGAGUAAAGUUUUCACCAUUAUUCAAGACCGUGCUGGCGUCUUGCUCCUAUGACUUCACCGUCAGGGUCUGGGAUUUCUCCAGGAGUCCACCGCUGCUCGAUACCAUGGAGCACCACUCGGAGUUCGUGUGCGGCCUAGACUUCAACCUGCACAUCCCCAACCAGGUGGUGGACUGUUCCUGGGAUGAAACUGUAAAAAUCUACACCCCUCCAUGUCUGUCUGCUAUGCAACCCAGCUUGGCGUAAAGAGAAGAUAACAUCCUGAACACAGCAGGGCUUUGAGUCUAGAGGUUUGCCGCUGCACUCUUGCUAAAGCAGGGAAACAGACUCAAGAAAGCUGCUGAUGAGUGUUAGAGUGCAGAGAGUUUAGCAAAACAAGUCUUCUUAUCAGCGUGAACAUGAAACCUGGUCUUGAAGUCAGUGUGUAAAUCUGUGUGGAGUGUAACGUUCCACCAAAAAGACACUUUGCUGGUCCACAUGCAGGUUCAGAGUCCUUCAUGAAGGUUGAUGCUGAACUGGGUGAAAUCAUAUUGGCUCCUUUUAGAUGAUACACACACAUACAAGAUCUAGACUCCUAAAGACCGAUCCAUGUUAUCAGUGUCUUACAUGGAAAGUGACUAAUCCAAAUAAAGUUUUUCAUUUCUAAUUAAAA